AGCCAUGUCGGCCUGAGGUUCGAGGCUUCUGCCAAGGGCCCCGCCGCCGACGACCCCGCGCGCUGGCCCCCGCCGCUCACGCCCCCGUUCGGCCGCCUGUCUGGCACGCGCCAGCGUUGAGCGGACCGCGAGGCCAUGAACGUCAUCGGCAAUGUCAUCAACCAGGUCGUCGGCAUCGAGGACGAGGACGAAGACGCCGUGCCACUGUCGCUGAAAGAACCGACGUACACCGUGGUGAUACCAAAGAAGAAUGGCGUGCUCGGCAUGGCGUACCGGGCCCUCGACAAGGAUCGAGCGGGGGCAUCAUCGUCACAGGCAUCAUGGUGAACUCCUCGGUCCAGGAGACUGGAACUGCACCUGCGAGGGAGACCAGUUGAUCUGCGUCGGGGACAAGAUGGUGAGCGUCAACGGCCAGACAGAUCCGCACGGCAUGGUGCAGGCGCUGCAGUCGAGUGACAUUGUCACCAUUGAUUUCCUGAAGCAUGGGCCGCGCUGGCACGUGACCGGGGUGACGGCCGACUGCAUGGAGAAGAUCAGCCUGGCCAUGGAUAGGGGCAUGUCGCUGAAGGAGGCCCACGCCCGUGGCCGUGAAGAGGAGGCGCCGCAGAUAACGUCCAGCCUGAGCAAGCUGCAGCUCCUCAUGAUCAUUGGGGCUAGCCUGGCGCCGAAUCUGUUUCUCCUCGCUGCGCUCUCUGACAUUGGCCUCGGCACCACGACGUACUCCAACCUCGCCUCGUACAAUGUGGAUCUUAUGGGGAAGGGCAUCGGUUUCAUGUCGGUUCUUUUCGCGAUAUCCCUCGUCGUCGUGGAUUGGUACUACUGGAAGAACAAGGUGCAGAAGCGGAUCACCAUAAUCGUCUGCUGCUACGGCUUCCUCAUCGGAGGGUUCCUGAUGGCACGCAACUACCCCGAGCUGCCCCUGGUCAUCACGAUGAUGCACGUGCCCGUUCUCCUUGGGGCACUCCGCGCCACCGCGCUCAAGGCGGUGCGCCGCCCGAGCUUCUACGGGAGCGUCGGCGCUUGCCUCUUGGCCAUCUCCUUGUUCUCCAUGUCGCUGUGGCUCGUCUGGAUGAACCUGCUGCCCACCACGCACCGCUGGGACAGCGCGACGAAGGCAGACCUCAGGGAGCGCACCUCGAAGAUAUACUCGGCGUGGAACGUCACAGUCAGCAAUCAUGAGUUCACGAUGUAUGCGGACUGGUACUGCCCCGAGGAAGGGGAUCCCUCGCUGUACACGCUAGAUGAAGAUCACUACCGGGAAACCGGAGAGAUGCAGGCAAAAGAAACGGACUGUGGUUGGGACACUUGCGAGAUUCAACCGUUGGAGGCAUUCGAGAUCAAGAAGGCUUGCGCCAAGGUGAAGACCACGUGGCUCCUGAUCUGGAUGGCCCCCCUCGUAUCCUUUGGGACUAACUUCUUGUAUUGCUUAUUCUGCGCCAUCAACGGUUCUUGGCUCAAGGUCACUGACCUUCGCCAGCUUGAGAAGGCCCUGAAGAACUUCAUUCUGAUUAUCGUGUUUGCCGCAGCCGGCGGAUACGUCUCUGUCUCCGUUGCGGGAGCUUCCACCAGACUGACUGGAGCGAUGCUGUCUUUCCUCGGCGGCGCUAUCAUCCUUCUGGUCAUCUGGAUGUACCUGGAGAUUGGGGAGAGGGCUUUGACGGCGAUGCUGAAGAAUUCAGCGAUUAUGCAGAGGAUCCUUGGGCUUGCCACGUCAGACUGGGCCCGCGCGGUCAUCAUCGUCCCGGUCUACCCCAAUAUCCCGUGGCUGUUGGCGGUGAAUUUCCUCAACCAGCGUGCCCGUCGGCUCCGUGACCCGAAGCACACGCAGAAUACGUGGUUCACGACGGGGGCGAACAUGGUCUUCAGGGCCCUGGACCAUUGGAGGUGGGUGAGCAUCUUCACAAAGACCAACUUGCUCGCUAUGCUCUACUUCACACUGGCCCAGGGCGCAGGGAAAUUCUGCAUCGUCCUCCUCUCAGCGCUCAACGAGUACCUUCAGAAGAAUCUUGGCUUCGAGGAGUCCUGCUUGAUCUUCUUCAUCGUUGGCUUCAUGAUGUUCAUGCUUCCGCCAGUGCCUGGUAUCCCUGUGUACAUUUGCGGAGGCAUUAUCGUGUGCGCACAGGCUCGCCCCGUGGAGGGCAUCGGCUUCUACGGCGGACUUUUGAUCGCGGUAGUGAUGUGCACUAUCUUGAAGUUGGUGGCCGCGUGCGGCCAGUACAUGAUCGGCUACACCAUGGGUUGGUCAGUGAAGGUCCAGCAGCUCGUGGGCGUGGACAAGGUCCAGAUCAAAGCCAUCGAGAUGAUUCUCAAGACCAAGGGCCUCAACGCGCCGAAGGUGGCAGUCCUGCUCGGAGGCCCGGACUGGCCCACCAGCGUCCUGUGCGGCAUCCUGCGGGUCAACAUACCCCAGAUGCUUAUUGGCACACUGCCCAUCGUGUUCCUUUGCUCGCCCUCCAUCUUGUACGGGGCCUUCCUAAUCACGCCCAUCACGGACGAGAACGACAAGGAGGGCCGGGCCCUCUGGAACACUCUCUCGGGCAUGAUGCUGAUGGCGGCCGGCUUCUCCCAGCUCGUCGCGAUGUGCCUCGCGCUGUACUUCCUGCAGGACAAGGCCUUCAAGCAUUACGAGGAGUUGAUGCAGCCCAGGCCUGAGCACGCCAAGAUCAUCGCGCUCACCCGGAGCGAAGCGGCGUACAACGAAGCCUACGACCAGGUGACAGACUGGAAGAGGUUGCCGAUGGCUCUAAAGGUCCUGAUCCAGGUCGGCCUUGCUUGCAUGAUUGUGCAAGGCAUGCUGCUGACGUUGCUCGGCAGCCAGUGCUUCCGGCCCUUCGGCGUCAACAACCGUAUCAGCGAUCCUUGGGACGAGGAUGGCCUGAACAAUGACGUCAUGUCAUUCAUAUACCCGCUCGGCCAGUUGGCCAUGUUCCUGUUCACCAUGGGCUGCCUCAUCCACGUCCUCUUCAUGAAGAUCACUGGUCGCAUGGCCAAGAAGCACCUGCAGGCGAUGGAGGAGGCAAAGAAGCGGCGGGAGCAGCCGCCGCCGGUCGAUCCUGACACGGGGGAGGCGGCGACGGCGAUGACCCCACGCGGAGUCGAGUCCUGAGCACCAGCGCCCUUCGGAGCGGCCGCGUGCUCGGCCAUCUCGCCGCGCGCCUCGCCACGCGGGGCCUUUUUUGUGGGGCACGCGCCCGACGCGCCGAGGGCCGCUCUCGCCCCUCCGCGGAGGCGGGCCGCGAAGCUGUUCGGGCAGCUCGCUUUUCCAGGCCUGCGGGCACGCCCCGCGAGCUCGUCCGCGCCGCCGAGCACCCCCGAGCUGCACUCGAAGGUGCUGCGCCUUCACCCCGGCAUGGAGGAGCCCGGUCCUGGAGGAAGACCCAUUUCCAUCACCAGGACUCCGCUCAUGCCAAUCACUGAUCCGAGUCUUGAGCGCCCUUGGCUCCCACGUUCCCAGGCCCGUCGCGCGCUAGUCAUCUUCUCACGCUUAGCGCAGAUGCCUUGCAGAAUGGUUAUAUCUGUUCUGCCAGCUGUCUUGACAAAGAUGCAGCACCAGACCCAGCCCGACGCCCCGCCCCGUGUUUUUUAUUCGCACGCCCCGCGUUGGUGCCGGCUAGACAGCUGCCUGGGAAGAGCAGACUCCUUGCUGCCGUCCAACAGAGAAACAA